GAGGAGAGCUACAGGUCACAAGAAGAGGAAGAGGAAGAGGUCGAGGAGGAGGAGCACGUGUCGAAGGUAAACAAACCACAGGUCCAGCAGCAGCCUGUCCCUGUCUGUCUGUCUGUCUGUCCUGCUGCACCGCCAUGAAGACCCUUAUCCCCAGCAUCGAGGAUGCAGGCGACUCAGACGACUCGGGAGAUGAAAUCCCUCCCGGGGGCGUGUUUGGCCAUGGCGGGGGGGAGGCGGAGGAGGAGGAGGAGGGUGACGGGGAGGAGGCCAGCGAUGGGGACGGCGGCAGCAUCAACGGCGACGUGUCCCCAGAUCGGUACAAUGGGAAUCAGGCGCUGGACGGAGACGCGUACGGCGAGGAUUACGAGAGCAACAGUGACAGCGACAGCGAUGACGACCUUGACAGCAGCAGUAGUAGCUCGGAGGAGGAGAUGGUGAAGUUGUCCGAGCUGUUUGGGGUGACGGAAAACUCGGAGGCGAACCGCGAACACCCGCCACAGCUGGAGACCGAGGCGAUGAUCAUGGACCUGUGCUUCCACCCCGAGGCAGACCUGCUCUCCAUGGCCUCGAUCGACGGCAAGGUCUUCAUCCGACGGUACAACAAGGAGGUGACGGAGGAGGUGACGCACUUCUCCCACCACAAGAUGUCAUGUCGCUCCGUCUGCUACAACGAAGACGGGUCCCUCCUCUUCACCACCAGCGAGGACAAGUCUCUGGCGGUCCUGGACAUGGGUGCGUCGGCCAUCAAACAACACCUAUUGGAGGCACACGAGUCACCCAUAUCGAGCUUCUUCUGUGUGGACGAGAACAUGUGCGCCACGGGGGAUGACAAGGGCACGGUCAAAGUCUGGGAUCUGCGGAAACGGAAGGCGGCGUUUAAGGUGGAGUGUGGCGAGGAGGCCGUGAAGUCGCUGCUGGGGGACGAGGGGAAGAAGACGCUGGUGGCUGCCCUCGGUGACGGUUCCAUCAACACCUUUGACCUCAGGAAGAAGGCCCUCGAUGUUCAGUCAGAGAUGUACCCCAGCGAGUUGACCUCCCUCGGCCUAGUUCGCGAUGGGUCCCGGCUGGUGGUGGGGUCAGGCGAGGGGACGCUGUACAUCUUCAAGUGGGGUGAGUUCUCCUACCACAUCGACCAGUUUCCGGGGCACAGAGGGAUGAUCAACUGCAUCACGCCCAUCACCGACAACCUCUUCAUCACCGGCUGCGAGGACACGAACAUCAGGGCCGUGCAGCUGUACCCGCACCGUUUUGUGGGCAUAGUGGGACAGCAUGACUACUUCGGGGUGGACAACAUCUCGGUGUCGCACGAUGGGACGCUACUGGCCAGCUGUGCCCUUGAGGAGGUGGUGCGCUUCUGGAACAUCGAGUAUCUUUAUGAUAUGGACAAUGAGGAGAGCAAGAAGGGAAGCAAGAAGCGUAAGAGGAACUACAACCUUCCCUCCUCAAAGCGGCGGAACCGAUGUGACUUCUUCAGCGACAUCCCGGAGGUGGUGAACUCUGACGACGAGGGCGGACCCGUAGCAGGGCCUUCACACACCUCAGACUAAGUGACCCGACUCUGACUGGCCUGAAGAACCGAGUGGAGUGACCUGUUACAUAGUGGAACGGUGCUACGGAGUGGAGUGGACUGAUGUGUGGAGUCAGUGGGCGAGAAACACUGUCGGAAAAUUAAGUGGUUGCGUUGUGUGAUAUUCUGAGUUGGUGCCACGAGUGUUGGACCUGGAGUGAUUGACCAGUGAGUGAAGAGGUCAUACUCCGCCCCACAGUCUUGAUCCCACCUCAUAGCUUGUAUUUCACCUAGUUUUGUUUACCUUGUUGACAGUAAAAAGGCAGGGAGCUAGCUUCUCCUAAGGGUACAUCUCUCUCAAAACUGUCCAAUCUGUUUUUAACCUGGUAGCUGCGGGGAUCAUGUUUCUUAAAGGUCCCUCUAAGCGAGAAAAAUGAGAAAAAAAUCAUCACUCACGCAAACCAUUUCAUAAUCUAUAUCAACGCAUUUUGAUCAGUUUAUGCAUCAUCUAUUUUGGGGGGUUUGUAUCAUGGCAAAAAUUUGGCCCGUCGCUGCUACACGGUAAAGCCACAGAUUUGGCCCGUCACUGGUACUCGGUUAAGGUGCCGACGCAAGGGCUGCAGACGUCACUUUUGGGUAGUUUAUUCCACCUGUUUAUCACCCUUGCGUUGAAGAAAUUUCCCCAACAAGGUCUACUAAUGUCCUGAGUGUUCUGUUUGCUCUUGAAAUUCACACAACAUCACACAUCAUAGGAUAAGCAGGUUGUCCUCAGCAUUCUUUUGGGUUUGAAGAUGAUGCUGACCCUCCUUACAAGCUGUCGGAUAAGGGCUUUUGUUCCUUUCUGUCCAUGUAGGAAAGGUCUGCAUCAGAGUGAAUGGAAAUCUUGAUGGUCAGGGAAAUAAUUGAAGUAUAGACCGUAUGUUUUUCUGGGAGUGUAUGUUACCAGGCUACCAAUGAAGGGAUAUCCAGCAUACCAAUACCACAUGGGAAACACUCCACUAUCCACCACGGAGGCAGAGAAAGACCUGGGAGUGUAUGUUACCAGGCUACCAGUGAAGGGAUACCCAGCAUACCAAUACCACAUGGGAAACACUCCACUAUCCACCACAGAGGCAGAGAAAGACCUGGGAAUGUAUGUUACCAGGCUACCAGUGAAGGGAUAUCCAGCAUACCAGUACCACAUGGGAAACACUCCACUAUCCACCACAGAGGCAGAGAAAGACCUGGGAGUGUGUGUUACCAGGCUACCAGUGAAGGGAUACCCAGCACACCAAUACCACAUGGGAAACACUCCACUAUCCACCACGGAGGCAGAGAAAGACCUGGGAGUGUAUGUUACCAGGCUACCAGUAAAGGGAUAUCCAGCAUACCAAUACCACAUGGGAAACACUCCACUAUCCACCACGGAGGCUGAGAAAGACCUGGGAGUGUAUGUUACCAGGCUACCAGUGAAGGGAUAUCCAGCAUACCAAUACCACAUGGGAAACACUCCACUAUCCACCAUGGAGGCAGAGAAAGACCUGGGAGUGUAUGUUACCAGGCUACCAGUGAAGGGAUAUCCAGCAUACCAAUACCACAUGGGAAACACUUCACUAUCCACCACGGAGGCAGAGAAAGACCUGGGAGUGUGUGUGACCAGGCUACCAGUGAAGGCCAAAUCCGUGCCAAUCGCAGCGGACGGAUUGACACAUGAUAGAACCUUUAUGUAUGGGUAUCACGCAGAAGCAAAUGCCAGUUCUUAUAAUGUGUGGGUUGAAUGAUCGCUAACUAACAUUGCGUCCACAGAUAAGGAGAACCUGGUCCGCAACUUGAAUUAGAAGGAUAUAAUAGGAACUGUUGACGGCCUUAACGACAAUCACCCCGCGCCCAGUUUGAGGGUCGAAAAACUACGCUUUAUAUAAACGCUAAAGAUAUGGCUUCGGAAUGAUUGCUUGUUAAAUCUCCGUGCGGUUUAUUAAAAUGACGUAACAAAAACAAGACAAAAAAAAGCAAACCAAGCCUUCGGAACCCCUCGUGAUUAGGACGCGCAUUUGCUUCACUCCUUCAGGCAGAGUUAGCACAGGGUAACUUUGUUUUUUAUUUUUAUUUAUUUAUUAUUAUUAUUAUUAUUUUUUUUUACAACAAAGGAGACGGCUCAAGGGCAACAAAGAGUGCAAAAAAAAAAAAAAGGCUACUCGCCGCUCCCUAAGAGUUUUUGUUUUCAACUAUAUUUAAGUUUAACGGAGAAAUCAUCGGAAAACUCCCAGAUUGACAGAUACAUAGAUAGAUAGAUAGAUAGUGUUACGGUACUGUUAGGUGUGUGGGUGGAUGGGUGUGUGGGUGUGUGGUAGGGCGCUGUGUGCUGUGUAUGAGAGUGAAUGUAGGGUACAGGGGCGUGACUGGUCUGAGGUUGUCGUGUGGUCUCUCGUACCUCCGACAAACCCAUAUUAACGCUUGAUAUGGAAUGUAGCCGUUAAGUAUCUCGGUAUUUAUUUUAAUUUCUUUACAAACACACACACACACACACACACACACACACACACACACACAGUAAAAA